CGCGACAUUUGGAACUAGAAGAUUCCAGUGUGGACAGAAGAAGCAAUCGCUUUCUUGAAAGUUCUUCGCCACAAAAAUGCAAUGGCGCGCGGAACCCUAGAUUCGCUUCACGCCAUAGAAUCCUGCGCCUACCAGCUUCUUAGCUGGAGGCCUUUCGGAAAAGCUCUCGACGCAGACUCCCCUAAGAGCCACCCCGCCGCCGCCGCCGCCAAUCACGGUCCGCAGAGCAAGCGACAAUGCCGCGCCGAUCGCGCGACUUCCUCCUUUUCCAUAGACGCCAUCCUUGAUAUGUCCAAGCUCAGCCUCUUUGAUGAUGAUAAACCCCUCUCGUUCUCGGCCGCCAGGAAGCGAUGGUUCGCGCGCAAGCGCCGCCGACGGGGUGGGUCGAGAUCCGUGUCCGGUCGGAGCUCCGAUCGGAGGGGAUGCUCCGUCGGCGCGUCUGCGGCUAAUGGAACCUGUUCCGAUUUCCAUAUGGUUGCCGGGGGUACGGAUUCGAGCGGGGAACUUUUUGGGGACCUGAAUUGGGCGUCGGAUGUGAGCGAUCGGAAUUCUAGGAGGGAGAGGGAGAGGGAAGGGAGUGGCGGCGGGGAGAAGGAGCACGUGAGUGGCGCGUGUGGGCAGUUCGGGAAUUGUGAUAGUCAAGGGAACGAGUCAGGGUAUGGGAGUGAACCAGGGUAUCGAGGUGAUGCUGAGCUUGGCUACGAUGACGAAGAGGAGGAUGAUCCUAGGGUUUUGUUUUGGGGGGAUGAAUUUGGAGAUUCUGGUUCCAAGUUGGAAAGAGUGGGUGAAAACUCUCUGCAGAAAACACAUUAUCGUCGCCGCAAGAAACAUGACCUGCGAAUGGUUGACAGCGUAAGGUAGUUGGUAAGAACAUCACCUCUAUGUGAAUGGAGUUUUUCAUGUGCAAGAGCAUCCAUUUGUAUGCUUCAUCAGAGUUUUUACCAUCAAGAUCGGUGGUCUCGUCUCGUUGUGCAAGGUGUCUCCAACCAGCUAUUAAAGUGUUUCGAGGUACGAUGCAUAUUCCCUGAAAUAAUAAUGUUGAUUCUGGCUAUAAGCAUUAAAAGUUUGUUCGCCUGUAUGGUGUUUGGUGACUUUUUGAGGGGUUCUUUUACAUGGAAAGCCCCUGUGAAAAUAUGCAUAUAUGUGUUUUUGAGAACUCUGUUGUUCAAAUGUUACAUCCAAUAUGUUUUUUGGUGAAAUCUUGGCUAGGGUUCUUGUUUUUAAUUUUGGAUAGCUUGAUGUUAGAUAUAUAUGUUGUGUUUGUGCCGAAGGUUGGGAUUUGAUUCACAGAGGGAGUCCAGAGAUUAGCUGUGAAUGUUUGUAUAAUGUGUCGAAUGUUGUGUUAGUGCAAUGCUUCUAUAGGCUGACUUUAGAA